UUAUUAAAAUAACGAAACCAUGAGCUAUAAUGCUAUAAUCAUGCUACAAUCAGUGCAUUUAGCUAAGGUAACUUGUCGCGAGCUGAUGACGACACGCGUGACAUUGGAAUGGGGAGCGUGAGAAGGGUAGCAUUGUAGCUACUUUAUACUUUCAGCAGUGACCAUGGCUUUACAUCGGGUUUCAACAACCCUCACUGGUCUGCUCCUUCAGACACCGUCCACACUUCAGCACAGGACUUUUAGUGUGUCCAGUGUUGCAGCAGCCAUCCAAAAAAUGACAAGAGUGCGUAUAGUGGACAACAGUGCACUUGGAAACACACCCUAUCACCGUCCUCCAAGAGUCAUCCAUGUCUACACCAAGAACGGCGUGGGCAAAGUCGGUGACAAAGUGUUGCUCGCCAUCAAAGGACAGAAGAAGAAAGCGCUCAUCGUGGGACACAAAAUGCCUGGAGAUCGAAUGACGGCGCGGUUUGACUCGAACAAUGUUGUUCUGAUCGAGGACAAUGGUAACCCCACGGGAACAAGGAUCAAGGUCCCCAUACCAACACAUCUACGGAAAAUGGAGGGAGAUUACUCCAAACUCUUGGCAAUUGCAAAUACAUUUGUUUAAUUGGUUGAUGCUUUUGACUCUGAAAAGCUUGAUAACUUUGUCGUUAAUAAAGUUGAAAAGACCCA